GUUGGGGCCCCUGCCGCACCCGGAGCCCAAGGACCGCACCCCCAUGCUGUGCCCGUACACCGGGGACCACCUCCCUUCUCCCCUAGUGACCAGCCCCGGGUCUCUAGCUUGGGACAGGGCACUUCCCGGCACGUCGCAGGCAUCACUCAGAGACGCGCUGCUACCAAGUACCAGUCUUCCCCAGCCAGUACACUUGUGCAACAUCCCCUUCAACCCAAUGAAGAUGAUCCACCAGGACAAAUGGCAUCUGCUCCAUAACUACUUGAGAAGGAUCACGGCCGGAUUCCUGGGCAUGGCUGCAGCUGUUCUUCUCUGCAGGUGCGUCGUGGCAGCAGUCAGCUUCUUUUGGGAUGAAAGCCUCACUCUGCACAUUGCAGAUCUGCUGCUCUUGACGACAGGAAUAUUUUGCAUUAUAUCUCUGUGCACUUAUGCAGCCAGCAUAUCAUAUGACCUAAACCACCUCCCCACAUUCGUCUAUAGUCUUCCUGAUGAUGUAGAACAUGGAUACACCUAGUCUGUAUUUUGUGCUUGGUGCAGUCUGGGAUUUACAGUAGCAGCCAGAUGUCUUUGCACAGCUUACCGUGUUGUUAACAGGGGUAACAUUAUGCAGCUGAAGUCCACCAGACACUUCUCUGUAUGA